AAGACUCAAACGACAAAAGGCAACCGUUUGUGGAAAACGAAUCCUUUGUUCUUGGGAAUGAGAGGAGGCCUCCGGCGAGUCUGAGUGAAGAAGAAGAAGAUAAAAAUGCUGGUAAGAAAUUUAUCUUCCCCAGUCUUAAAAUCAGUAUGGGCAAAAGAUCCUUCUUCUUCCUCCUCUUCACCAGACCCCCCACUACUCUUCCUCAAAACCAGAGCCUCUCCGCUUCCCAUCUCCGCGCGCCGCCGUAAUCCAAUCAAGAGAACCGCCGCAUCCGACCUCCAUCCUAUCAAAAGGGACCCACCCACGCCCAAGAUCAAAUCUUUCCACAAUGGGCAUUCUCAAUCCGGGCCGGAAAAUCAAGAAAGCGGCUCUGAUUUGACUUUGGGGAUAAUGCGCCGCGUGAUUGGCGGUGGUUGCGCUGGAGAUGGCGGUGGUGAGAAUGGGUUUGAUAUUACAGAUGAGUACUACCAAAAAUUAAUCCAAGAUCAUCCCCAUCAUCCUCUCAUACUUGGUAACUAUGCCAAGUUCUUGUCUCAGGUGAGGGGUGAUUAUGCUAAAGCUGAGGAGUAUUGUUUAAGAGCAAUAAUGGGAAGUGGAAUUGAUGAAGGGAGUAUUUUAUCAAUGUAUGGUGAUUUGAUGUGGGGUCUCCAUAAAGAUGCUGAUCAAGCCAUUUCAUAUUAUGAUCGAGCAGUCCAAGCUUCUCCAGAUGAUUGUCAUGUACUUGCUUCGUAUGCUCGAUUCCUUUGGGACUCCGGUGAAGCGUUCGAAAAAGAAGAGGAACAACAAAUAGUGAACAGUGGAAAUAACAUCAGUUAUUCACCAAUUUGUGGAGGAUUGAAUUAGAUUAUUCAUUUAGUUUCCCUCAUGCAGUAAAUGUAAUUUCCUUUUCAUGUUUUCUUUGCUUGUUUUGUUUAUGUUUUGUGUGUUUAGAUUUAUUUUCAUCUUCUUGUUGGUAGAUUGGUAUAAUGAGUUAUAUGCAUGGUAGUGCAUAUUAAUUCUUUUUUGCAUCCAUCUCUAACAAAAAGAUGAUUCCUUGUUCCUUUCUUCUAUGUUUGGUUAAUUGGUUUUCAUAAAUGUGCAAUAAGCAUAAUACAUGUCCUUUUUUAUGACAAACACAAAGUUGUCAGUGUACUAUUGUUGGAUGAAUGAAGAAAAAUGUUGCUACCUUAAUA